AAUUCAUUUGAGCACUUCAACAACAAAAAAGCGUUAAACUAUUUCUUAAAAGACUGUUUCGAGGGAGAGUAAAAAAAAAUGUAAAAAAGUGAAAGAAAGAGGAGAAAAAAGAACAAUGACGCACUGCAGUUAUAUAGAAAAUGGAGGUAGACAACCGUUUAAGCUUCCAGAUGGGAAAACAUACCACGUGUUCAUUUCAUACGCAACAAUGGAACCAGACCGACAGAUUGCACAUACUUUGUUUACGAAACUAAGUGAAAGUAACUUUAAAUGUUGUUUACACGAAAUUGAGUUUCAAGCUGGUCAUCUUAUUGAGGACAACAUAAAAACAUACAUGAAAAAAUCUCUCAAAACUAUUGUCCUUCUAUCAGAAAACUUCAAAAAUAGUUAUUGGUGCCAUAUUGAAAUGACUGAAAUCGUCCAAUCACACAUGGACAACAAAGGUUUCCCGCCAAUUAUUUUAAAAUUAGACAGUUGUGAGGUACCUGAAGCACUCAAGCCAUACACAUAUAUGUUGUUGCAAGCUGGACUGGACGAAAAGAUGCCGGAUAUUGUAGAUGUUAUAAAUGAUAUGGAAAUACCAGAAUUUCCAGGAUCGAUGCUGACAAUAUCGUUUGUGCCAUUACCUUGCAUCAACUAUAACCAAGAUACCCCUCAUUCACCAUGUAUUUGGCCUCAUGUUUGUGCUAAAUUUAUUUUAUCAGACAAUGGAUGCAAAGAUAUGUGUACCAAACGUCACGUGCUCAACCAAGAAUCGUUAGAAAAACUUAAAAAAUGCGGAUUUCCGGUUGAGAAACAAUAUUCUAUUCUAUCAAAACUUUAUAAGGAAAAGUGUAACAAAUGGCUUAAAGACUUUCCUUUUAAAACGAUAUCAGGACCGUGCUUUUAUUACAAUGACAAAGGAUGUUUUAUUGCAGACGACACAUGUCCGUUCCCUCAUAUUUGUAAAGAGUGGUUUAUUGGGAAAUGUACACUUCCGAAUUGUAAAUUCUCCCAUGAUAUUCAAAACCAUCAAACAAACUCAUUAUUGCAAAAGUUCGGAUUUAACAUUAACCACGCUGAUGAUAUUAUAUUAUGGCAGUACCGAGAAAAAUGUCAAAAUUAUUUGGAACUGAAAACGAAACAAAGUAUAAGUACCAACGUGAAUUCUCGCUAUAGCGAGGAUUCGAAAACAACAGCGGGUAAAUGUGUUUUAUAUUUAGCUUUUGUGGUUAUGUCAUUAAAUUGGCUGUUUAACAUUUUUAAUAAAUAUGUCUUAACAUAUUUCUAG